ACCUUGGAUUUUCGAAUUGAUGCGCCUACCAACUCCCCUUCUAUCUCUUACACCCUAGAAUGAAUGAGAAUGACCAUAACAAAGAUGGCGAAUACUGAAGCGCUUUGAGUCGUGCGCAGCUCCGCCCCUAAUGGUAACAAAUCCGGAUUGGCUGGUGGGAGGCACGGCGGCUCACGUGACUGGGACUAGGGGUCACAGCAUGUUCUGCCGGAAUCUUCAGAAAGGAAAAUGAACAGGAAUGUAUUCAUGCAGUUGGAACAGAUGGUUCGACUUCAUAACACCUGCAGGAAAUUGCAUGCCCUGUGCCACACCAAUGCCAGGAUAAAAUGGAGGCUUGUGCAGUGCCCUCCCUUAGCUGUAUGUGUUGCCCACUUGUGCCCACCUUCCUGGCAAACAGACACCUUCAUCAGUGUGGCACUGUCACAGUAUCGUUGUUUGUCCUCAAAAGAGGGCAAAUCUUUUAAAAAGCACAAGUUGUCGCCGAUCAAACCUAAGCAAGAAAAGCAGGAAGUGGAGAUAUGGAACAAUAUGACCGUUGGUGAUCUUGCAAGAGCCAUGAAUAAGGAUACAGAACACGUGUACGAAGCCCUUCUACAUACAGAUCUUGAUUUGGAAGCUUUAGAAGAAAAGUCUGUCCUUAGCGAGAAGUGGAUAAAGGAAGCAAUUAAGAAAUCUGGCAUGAAGUUUAAAUAUGCAAAGAUAAAAGAGGAAAAAGUCAGAGAAAACAAGGACGCGGUGAAAAGAGUCCCUGCAGAUCCAGCUGUACUGAUUCCCAGACCCCCUGUAAUUACCAUAAUGGGGCAUGUUGACCAUGGGAAAACGACCCUGCUUGACCAGCUAAGAAAAACCCAAGUGGCUGCAAUGGAAGCAGGGGGUAUAACCCAGCACAUUGGUGCAUUUAACGUUCAGUUACCUUCAGGGGAGAGGAUAACCUUUUUGGAUACUCCAGGACAUGCAGCCUUUUCAGCAAUCCGAGAAAGAGGAGCUAAUGUCACUGAUAUUGUUAUACUGGUGGUGGCGGCAGAGGAUGGCGUUAUGAAACAAACCGUUGAGUCCAUACAACAUGCCAAGAAUGCAAAAGUCCCUAUUAUCCUUGCCAUAAAUAAAUGUGACAAACCAGAAGCCAGUCCCGAGAAAGUAAAGAAGGAGCUGCUGUCCCAUGAUAUUGUGUGUGAGGAGUAUGGAGGGGAAAUCCAGGCUAUUCACAUCUCUGCACUAAAGGGACACAACUUGCAGGCAUUAACAGAAGCCACAGUCACCUUAGCAGAAAUGUUGGAGCUAAAAGCAGACCCCACAGGUCUAGUGGAGGGAACUGUUGUAGAGUGUCGUACAGACAAAGGGAAAGGUCCAGUGACCACAGCCAUAGUGCAGAGAGGAACUCUUAAAAAGGGUGCUGUGUUGGUAGCAGGUAAAACCUGGGCAAAGGUUCGCCUAAUGUUUGAUGAGAACAACAAGGCUUUAAGCCAGGCGGGCCCUAGCACACCUGUGGAGAUUGUUGGCUGGAAAGAUCUACCAUCUGCGGGGGAUGAAAUUCUGGAAGUUGAGACAGAGCAACGGGCUCGGGAAGUGGUGGACUGGAGGAAAUACGUGGAAGAGCAAGAGAAAAUAAUAGGGGAUAUGGAGGUAAUUGAGGCCAAGCAGAAGGAACACCGAGAUGCCUACAAGAAGAACCUGGAGACUUUUAGCAACUUGAACUGGAGACAAAGAAAAUCUGCCAUGUACAAAGCCAACAAGCAGCUUAUGGCCACGAGGCCUGGCGAGAAGUCAGAGAGCGAAACACCCAUGUUCCCCCUUAUUAUAAAAGGAGAUGUUGAUGGGUCAGUAGAAGCCAUUCUCAGUAUUAUAGACACUUAUGAUGCCGAAGACCAGUGUGAGCUUGAUUUAGUGCACUUUGGAGUUGGGGAUAUCUCUGAAAAUGACAUUGCGCUCGCUGAGACAUUCAAAGGCUAUGUAUAUGGGUUCAAUGUGAAUUCAAACAAAGCGGUUCAGCAACUGGCGGCCAAAAAAGAGGUUACAGUGAAACUGCAUAAAGUCAUCUACCAUCUGGUGGAAGAUCUGAGAGAAGAACUCAGCAAACAGCUGCCUCCGGUAAUUGAAGAAAAUAUAAAAGGUGAGGCAUCUGUGUUGGCGACAUUUGAUGUCACAGUUGGGAAGAAGAAGGUGCAGGUGGCAGGCUGCAGGGUACAGAAAGGCAUUUUGGAUAAGAAGGUGAAAUGUAAAGUGAUCCGAAACAGAAAGAUGAUUUGGGAAGGAUAUUUAACGUCACUUAAACACCUCAAGGACGAUGUGCAGACAGUAAAAACCGGGGUGGAGUGCGGCCUGAGUCUGGAUAAAGACAUCGAUGUAAAAAUUGGCGACGAAGUUCUGUGUGUUGAAGAAAAGGAAGUUCAGCAGAAAAUCUCCUGGGAUCCUGGAUUUUAAAUUGUCAGGAUUUUGUUUUCUUUGGGAUAAACAGGGCAAAAUAUCAGUGGCUGAGUAUGUCACGAUUGGUGGAUAUUAUGUGCCACUGGUCAGGGAUACCCACAGCUUCCUAUAAACAGUCCAAUGGUCCAGCAGCGCCUGAUACGAAAGGUGAAUUCAGGGGUGUGAGGAGGGUCCCCUGUUGCGGGAACUUAAGGGCAGGAGAGUAAGGAAUCUACAUAGCAUUACCAUUUAGCUUUGCUGGGAAGAUGUUGUAUUGUGUAUAGUAAGGCAAGAUGGUAUUAGAGAGAUGGGCUGUAACUAUACAGUGGUGUGAAAAACUAUUUGCCC